ACAGUAGUCUUACUGUCGAGUGCCGGUACGGGUGUAUCGUUGUAAUAUAAAAAUCGAAUUAUGCAACGAAUUUAGUUUAUUUAUAAAAGCUUUUUCAGGCGUAGUUUUUGGUGCAUUUAUUAUUUUGGUUUUCAACAAACAUGUCACCGCUGUUGUGUUUACGAACGGGUCUCGUACAUGGAUUUAGAAGAUGUAAAUGCAGUUUUUUACCACCGGUUUCGUUAAGCAAAUUUCCGGAACAUUUACCACGCAGAAGAUAUUCCUCUAGAGAAUUAUUAAACGAAGCAUACUGUCAAACAAAGCUUAAAUUUAAAUCAAAAAAAUUACCUAAGGAUGUAAAUACUAGAGGCGUAUUUGCUUGCAAUGAACUGGACCUUUCUGAAGUUAAAGUGUAUGGGUUUGAUUACGAUUAUACUCUGGCCCACUACAAACCUUCUAUGGAACACUUAUUAUACAACCUCGGAAGACAAAUUCUACUGGAAAAGUUUAAUUAUCCAGCAGAAAUAGCAAAAUUAGAAUAUAUUCCAAACUUUGCUGUAAGAGGUUUGCAUUAUGAUAUUGAGAAAGGCCUCCUUUUGAAAUUGGACUCUUUUUUACAAAUACAGUUAGGGUCUGUUUACCGAGGUUUGACACCAGUGUCCACUGAGGAAGUGUUUGAUUUAUACAAGAACAGAGUUAUACCCAUAGGCUAUGUGGAAGGUGAUAGGCGUAAAUCUGCAUAUACGUCAAGCAAAGCUAAGAUGGUACAUUUGGCCGACCUGUUUUCUGUUCCUGAAAUGGGUUUACUUUGUAAUGUAGCCGACUAUUUCAUAAAGAAUAAUAUUGACUAUCAUCCAGCUAUUUUAUUUCUAGAUGUUAAGAACGCAGUGCGAAGUGGUCAUCCGAUUAUGCAUAAGAUUGUAGCUAAGAAUGUGAACGAGUACAUAAGGCCAAAUAAAUAUUUGAAAGUUUACUUCGAUAUACUAAAGAACAACAAAAAGAAGCUUUUCCUCGUAACUAAUAGCCCAUUCCAUUUCGUGAAUGCCGGGAUGGAAAUGUUGAUUGGUAAUACUUGGCGGGAAUAUUUCGACGUAGUCAUUGUUAAUGCUAACAAACCGAGUUUCUUCACCGAGGUGACACGCCCUAUCAGGGUAUUCGACAAAAACGCCAACACACAUGUUUGGGAUAAAGUUACGGCGUUGGAAAAAGGCAUUAUUUAUUACGAGGGCACAGUGCGGCAGCUGCAGGAGCUGACGGGCUGGUACGGACACAAAGUGCUGUACUUCGGCGACCACCCCUACAGCGACCUCGCCGAUGUCACGCUGCAGCAUGGCUGGCGCACUGGGGCCAUCAUCAACGAGCUUACACACGAAAUAGCCACACUGAACACUCAGCCGUUUAAGGAGAAUGCCAACUGGCUGCAGAUGCUAACGGUGCUAAUAGAAGAGAACCAGGACUAUAAGGAUCCUGAGAGUGUCGCAGUCUUGGAAGAGUGGAUGAAGGAGAGGGACUUCCUCAGAAACGAAAUAAAGACGGUGUUCAACCCACAAUUCGGCAGCGUGUUCCGCACGUACCACAACCCCACGUACUUCUCGCGGCGCCUGUUCCGCUUCGCCGACGUGUACACGUCCGACAUCACCAACCUCGUGCACCACUCGCUCACGCACACCUUCUACCCGCGCCGCGGCGUCAUGCCGCACGAGUAUGGUUCGUAUUUCGUUUGAGUCCACCUCGACAGUCGUUGUAGCUGAGUAAUCGAUUAGUGUUAAGGAUAAGUGUAUAUUAAACUAGAGUAACUAGUAGAUACGAGUAGUUAGUGUCGUAAAUAGUUGUCUUCCCACUACUGAGCCAAACAUUCUUACAGAUGUAUGGAACGCAUUUGUUAAAGGACUAUGAGAUUGUUCUUCUUGAAACAAGCCUAUCAAUACUUAUUAUUCAAACAAGGAACAAUACAAUAUAAGAUAAAGCAAAGUUCUAAUAUGCUAAGGAGAAUAAAAGAGAUUAUGAUGUUAUUCGUGAAUGCUUAAUGCCCUAAGCUUUUGAUAACGACAAUUUAACUGUGAAGCUAAAACAUCUACUUUAACAAUAAUUUUGCAUUGUUUAUAAUAUCUGAAUUAAUUGAAAUGUAAUAUAUUUUGUACAUAUUUAAGUGUUAUAGACGAGUUGUUUAGCUGUUCAAAGCUCUUGUACCAUAAACAUCAGCUUUGGUAGGUUAUUCGACAAAACUCUAGUCAGAUUGUAUUACUAUUACCUUUGUUCCAUCCAAAGAUUGUGCAAGUACUCAUAAUUCAAUGUCUUGGGACCGAAGUCUAAAAAAAAAAUAUUCAGUUGGAUUAUUCGGUUUUUUAUCUAAUACUUACUACUUACUUAGUGAGUAGCGAAAUGACUCAAUUGAUGUUUUUUGAAUAAAAUUUUCCAAUUUGAAAAACAAAAUGGAAACUUCAAUUUCUGAAGCAAAUGGUUUCACUCCACUAUCCUAUGUCUCGGUUUAUUUAUGGAAAGUAACGAUUUUCUUUUAAAUAAAACUGAAAUAUUUAAACCAUGUUUUUUGUAUAUUUUAUAACUACUGUUACGGGUUCAAUGUAUAUAUUCGCAAUAAUCUUAUAGAUUCGAUACGGCACGGUACACGUAUCUUUACUCCUUUUGUUCAGGUACAUAUUAAAAACAAAUAAAAAAAAAA